GGUGGUGUUUGAUUGGUUUCAGACUUUGCAGUGGUCCCAAAGAAGAGAAAGAGAAGCCAUUUCAUUGGUUCGGUAUUCUCUUUAACAUCUUACUCUCUCUACUACUCUGGUCUUCAGCAAAAUCUGAAAAGACAAGUAAAAUAUAUUGAUGUCUCUUCAACGACCCAAUGGGAACUCUAGUUCCUCUUCUUCCCCCAAGAAGCACAAAACUGAGGAGAGUGACGAGGAGGAGUUGUUGAUGGUUCCUGACAUGGAAGCAGCUGGAUCAACAUGUGUUCUAAGCAGCAACGCCGACGACGGAGUCAACAAACCGGAGAUUGACCAGACCCAAAACGUAACUUCAACCGCCAAGCGGGGCCGUGGACGAGACCCAGUCGAUAAAGAAUACAGAAGCCACAAGAGAUUGUUGAGGAAUAGAGUAUCGGCACAAGAAGCGAGGGAGAGGAAGAAAGUGUAUGUGAGUGAUAUGGAAUCAAGAGCUAACGAGUUGCAGAACAACAAUGAUGAGCUUGAGGAGAAGAUCUCUACUUUGAUGAACGAGAACACAAUGCUUCGCAAAAUGCUUAUUAACACUAGGCCUAAAGCUGACGACAAUCACUAAGAUGAGAAAACCAUUUGACUAAUCUAAUGUUGUAUGUUUAUCUUUUGUUUGCAUACAAAGAACAUUCAUUUUGAGCAUAGCAUUGUCUAUCUUUGUACUCUUAUGAAUUUUAUGUCUUCGGUUUAAUCUUUUGGAUCGCACAUUGUGGUUUGUACGAUGUUGCUACUAUCCAUGUAAUCGUUUAAUUUGUAAUUAAGACUUUGGUGAACAAAAAAAAAUCGUGGAUAAAA